CUUUUGAUAUGGAGUUCAAACUAUAUACAUUGCUUAUUCAAUAUACAAUAUUUUAUAAUAGGAUAUACACCUUAUUACGUAUUACCUGGAAUUCUGAAUCCGAUGCCAUCAACUCAUUUUUAUGGAGGAAAUGCUACAAUAGCUGGUUGGGGUUUAUCAAAUAAUAAUACAGUUUCUCAAAUUUUACAAACGGCAACGACAAUAAUCCUAACGAAAAAUGAUUGUGAAACUAGAAUUAGCAAUAUUAUGGAAGAAACAGCUUCUUUGGACGAUAUAUAUAUGUGCAGUAUUGCAGAUCCAUAUGUGUUAUUAAACUAUGGAGACAGUGGUGGUCCAGUCAUAUAUAAUGGUAAUAUUAUAGCAAUAAAUAAAGGAACUUGUCCACUUCGUAAAAAUACAGUUAAUACGUUAGAAGUGAAUGUUCACUUAAAUAUUGAUGUCUUGGAGAUUCAAGACUAUCCAUUUGCUAUAAAUACAGUGAUAUUAAAUCUGUUGCUUUCACAACAAGUUCUUUCGUGUAUGAAUACUGAUGAAUACAUUCACUUCCACUUAUCCGGCUCAGAGGACUAG